CCUUCGAAUAGGAGGCAGCAAUAAGCGAGGCUUCAAGUAUAAAAGGAGCGAGUCCAUUGGUGAAUGGCACAGUCUCACUGAAUCUUCUAGCUACACUUUGCUGCCGACAAAGUCAUCCACUCAACAAUCAACAUGAAAUCCUUCCUUUGCCUCGCCGUCCUUUUGGCUGCUGCCGUCUCUGCCGAGCCUGGAUACGGUUACGGAUACGGACACCGAAGCCUUGGCUACGGUUAUGGCCAUGGAUACGGACACGGCUACGGCUACGGCUACGGUCGCGUUCACAAGCGUGAGGCCGAGGCUGAUGCCGAAGCUGAGCCCGGCUAUGGCUACCCCGCCUAUGGCUACGGCCACUCCUAUCCCGCUUAUGGUUAUGGUCACUCUUAUGGCUAUGGUGCCCGCUUCCACAAGCGUGAGGCCGAGGCUGAGGCUGAUGCCGUUGCUGUGGCUGAGCCUGAGGCUCGUUAUGGUUAUGGUGGAUAUGUGUCUCACGGUUACGGUUAUGGCCGUGCUUAUGGUUAUGCUUCUCCCGCUUACGGAUACGGAUACGGUCGCGUUCACAAGCGAGAGGCCGAGGCUGAGCCCGCUUACGGAUACCGAAGCUACGGUUAUGGCCGUGCUUAUGGUUAUGCUUCUCCCUCUUACGGAUACGGAUACGGAUACGGUCGUGAUGCCUUUUGGUUUGCGCAAUUGGCGCAAACCUUUCAGCGUUUUAUCGAUGGAGUCAUCCGUGGCCUCGAGGGCGUUUUUGCUUAUAUCGAUGAUAUCCUUGUGGCCUCAUCUUCCGCAUCGGAUCACGAGAGGCAUCUGCGGGAGUUGUUUCGCCGCCUACAAGGCUACGGUCUCAUUGUGAGCAAGGAAAAGUGCGUUUUUGGGGUGGAUAAUAUCGAGUUUCUUGGCCACAAAAUUUCACCUUCAGGAGUAGAACCCCUUCCGGAUCGCGUUCGAGCUAUUAUUGAUUACCCUCUCCAUCCGAUGUUCAAAGUCUACAAAAGCUUCUUGGUCUCGUGA